AUGAAGGCCUGCAUCGCAGCUUUCCUCCUCCUGGCGGCGGCGUCAGUCAAUGCGCGCAAGUGCACAAGUUGCUGGUUGACCUCGCUCCAGUGUAGCCCUGUCGCUCCCCUGAGCAGCUCGGAUGACACGACCAAGUGGGCAGCGACAUCUUCCUGCACCUACGGAUACAGUGAUGGAACUUACGCAGUGCUGUCAGACCAUGAUAGUGGGUUAGAGCCUCUGGUUUUCACUGCUGCCAUCUACAGUGGGUGUGGCAAGAAGUCGUACCUGGACCCGAAAGGCCCCCAGGGUUACUGUAACAAGACUGCUAUCACUGGAAAGACGGACUCCAAGAUCCUCUUCGGUCAAAUCAACACUCUAGAUGCAGCUACGAUCAAAGCUGUCUGCACAAACUCGGGAUACUGUACCACCGAUCCAGCUGGAACUGCCGUGUAUUUCAGCAACCAUGUUGGCUAUACUGCGACCAUCCCCUUCAUCUCCAGCACUGGCAUGCGAGUCUUUGCUAUCGUGUAUGUCAAUGAUCCCGAAACAGCCGGCGACAUUCAGAUGGUGGAGCUGAAGUUUCCGGCACUUGACAGCAAGACCAAGAAUGUUUCUACUUGGAAGCCGGUUGUUGUCACCGACUCCGUCUACUCCACGAACACCAGGGGAGUAUUCCAGCCAUCCGGAGGAAGCUUGACUCCCUGGUGCACCGCCAUCGGAGGCGAGAAGGCUCCCGACGCUAACUCCAACACCAUCAAACAAUACUUCACGACAAAGUCUCCCCUUCCCACUUCCCUUAACUACGGGUGGGUGACUGAGAGCCGCGUCGAGAUCGACUUCAGCGCCUCUGUCCUCAAGCGCUACGCCCUUGGACGCAUCCAGGCUACCUCCACCUUCGCCAUGCCUGACAAGAAGACCGUCUACCUCAGCGACGGGCACGUGCUCUACAUGUUUGUGUCCAAGAUUGCCAAGGACUUGAGGAACGGCACCCUGUAUGCAGCCCAGCUGUCGAAGGAGAAGGUCACCUGGAUCAAGCUCAACUCUGCGAAUGAGAGCGAUUUGGCUGUGGAGAGCAAGAAGACAACUACCUGGACAGACUACUGGGACGGCGCUGACUUUGUGGAUCCCACCGCCACCUCCAAGACCUGCCCCACUGGCUACUCCAAGGUCUCCUCCUUCACCGACAAGUGCUACAAGAUGAAGAGCGGGAAGGAGAAGUUCGCCUGCUUCCUCUUCCCCAGGGACUGCGCCAUGGUCAACGGAGCCACCACCACGCUGUCUGUGACUGGACUUGCCUACAACAUGGACGACAAGGGGGCGACGGGCAAGGAGCUCGGGCUGAAGAAGUUCUUCGUGUCUUUCUCGGAGGUCUCUACGGGCAUGCAGCAAUCGCUCGGUGGGGCUUCGGUGGUGCGUCCGUGCGGCUCGGUGUACAUGUUCUCUGUCGGAGCGGUCGAUGCUUGCCAUAUCAAGGUGAGCAAGGCAUGCACCGACGAUGAAGCAGCGAAGGCGAAGAAGUCUCCCAUCACAUCCUACGGUCUCACCACCUACAAGGUGGACGUGGUCAAUGGACUUCCCUUGGUUUCAGACAACACACGGUGUGAGCCCAGCUUGCCUGCUCGACCCAGCUACAUUCACUUCGCCUCCUACCACAACACCCUCUUCAUCGCCGAUGGCAGCGGGCAUGACAGCAAUCAUGUCUGGCUGCUCGACUUCAGUGGGCAAGGAAGGCCUUUUAUGCCUUCCUCAAUCUUCCGCGCGCCCAAGGGCCAGAUGAUCGAGGGCGUCAGCUGGCUCAACAACCUCGUCGGUGACGGUCGCUCCUACCUCUCCAUCAGCGUUGGCGGAGGAACAGUUCAGAAAGGCUUUAUUGGAUACCUCGGCCCCUUCACGCUCAAGGGCUACAACGCCGGUUCGUACGACAUGCUGACCAACAUCGGCUGCCCGAUCCGCGGCGAGCAGGACUAUCUCUACGAAGCGACCAAGUACGUGGAUCCUCUGGUGAAGCCUGCAGCUUAA